GUAAGUUAUGGAUUUACGUAUAAUUUACAUAAAAUAGCUAGGCCUAAUAAUUACUGCACAUGCAUGAGAGUCAGGAUGGGAUAAUGGUAGACUCCGGUUAUUCAAGGCCAUUCGAAAGCUUGAUGAAAAUAAAGUUACAGUCGUCAGCCGUCCAACCACUAAGUUCCGAAUACUGAUUGGAUACCGCUGGUGGCACGCGACGUCCUUCGACUGGUGGCCUCAUUCGUCUUCGCUGCUGUUUCAUAAACUAUUAUGGCAUCCUCGGAGGUUUCGAAUCCAAGCAAUUCAAACGAAGCAGGGGAGAAAAUGGAACCUAAAGACAACUACAACCUGGUGUACUGCGCAUCUGUGUUGUGUGGCGUGGCAUUUUUGAUGCCUUGGAACAGUAUUACAAUGGCCGUGGAUUUCUUCAAAAUGACUUACCCAGGAACAAAAAUCAUGUUUGCCAUAAGCAUAUCAUACUUGAUAGUAGUCUGGAUCGGGUCGACUUUAUCUAAUUUGACAGUGGAAUUGCUGAAUCUAAGAGUCAAGACUAUAUUUGGGUUUGUUCUCUCUCUAUCAGGCCUGGCCUACCUUGCCAUCGUGGAAGCAUGGCUUCGGCCCUUCUCAUUGGUUGUUUCAUAUCGCUUGGUGCUGCUCUGUUGUGUGUUCGUGUCAUUUGGAUCAUCAAUUAUGCAAACCAAUAUUUACGGUUUGUUCAGCAUGUUGCCAAAGAGAUAUACCCAGGGGGUCAUGGUCGGAGAGAGUUUAGCUGCAACUAUCACUGUGACUAUGCGAGUACUAACCAAAUUGUCUGUCCAAGAUGCCCAAACAAGCACAGUUAUAUUCUUCACCAGCUCUCUCUUGGUCUCCAUCAUAUGCCUGAUAGCAUUCCUUCUUGCCAUGAGGUCACCUUACGUCAAGUUUUAUGUCAACAAGUGUCAAGUUAUCGAGGGCGAGAGUGAAACUGCGGGACUGCUAAAGCUUUAUGAACUUGACCAAGUGACGAACAAACCGAAUGAUGCAGAUUAUGGUUCCACGGCAGUUGACAAGGGUCAAAAUGGUGACGUCACGGGUGCAUUAACAUCUUCUGCAAUGAAGGAAUCACUAACUGUCCGAAUAAAACGAGCUUUCGACAACCGCAUGCACAUGGUGCGGAUUAUCUGGCCGUAUAUGCUGGCCUUCUGGCUCAACUACUUCGUGACUUUAGGCGUCUUCCCCGGGCUGUCAUCAGAGGUCAUUAGCUGUAAAUUAGGGAGUUGGAUGCCCGUCAUAAUGCUGUCUCUCUUCAAUGUAUUUGAUCUCAUAGGAAAGAUUUUUACAGCGUGGGAAUACGACUGUCCGAGUAUCGUUCUAGUUCUGUGUUCCACCGCCAGGUUGGUUUUGAUUCCUUUGUUCAUUCUGAGCGCCACACCCAGACUCCACCCCGUGAUUGGCGGAAUGGCACUACCAUUUUUCUUCUCUGCACUUAAUGGAAUAACUAACGGAUACUUCGGAUGCGUUCCUAUCAUACUUGCUCCAACCAAAGUCUCCGCCGAAAAGAGAGAAAUCGCAGGAAACAUGAUGGUUUUUGCGCUGACGACGGGGCUAUCUACAGGCAGUGCUACGGCUUUUGGCUACUUGGCCAUUCUCGAACCUCUUACCGGACUGAACAAUCCAUGUCUUCAGAACGGCACAUAUCCAAUGUGACUCUCGUUAUUACGCCCCGGACUGGCCUCGUCCCUCUAGCUGACUGUAUGAAUCAUCCUAACAAUUACCCUGACAGUAUUAAUAGAAGGACGAAAUGGACUGCCCCGGGACUGCUCAUCGAUAAAGGCAGGAUGACAUAUAGAACACGCCGCCUUGGUCCGACUACUCUCAUUACCGACACUGGACCAGGAUUGCGAAGGAGUUACAUGCAAACGGUUCUCUUUGACACUUUGAUCCAAUUGCCACAACUUUCUGUAAAGAAGGAGUGCACUUUACAAGAAGAAGAUAAGGUUGAUACAUGUAUGUGUCAUCUAGUGCCAGUUAUUGAGAUAUAAGGAUAACUUUCGGUCGUUCGAUAAGAAAAUAUCCCGUCUCUUUCAAAAGCCAACAGCGUCGCUAAGAAGUACGCGUGGAAUAAUGGCAACUUUGCGCGACACGGCCCAGGACAUACAUGACGUUUUAACUCCGGCGUCCACACUUUGCUCGGUAAUAUUUAAUAAAACCUAACGUAUAUAAAAACACCAACUGUACAACUGUACAUUCUUUAUUUUUGAUGGUAGAGUACUUCAGGACU